CACACUGAGAAGAUCUAUACUGGCACCAGAGAGGAAGCACCAAGUAGAGAGAUGAGAAGAACAGGCUACUAGCCUGUCUUGCUGUUGGUGCUCUGUAGUGUUCUUGUCUUGCUGUUGGUGCUCUGUAGUGUUAUUGUCUUGCUGUUGGUGCUCUGUAGUGUUCUUGUCUUGCUGUUGGUGCUCUGUAGUGUUCUUGUCUUGCUGUUGGUGCUCUGUAGUGUUCUUGUCUUGCUGUUGGUGCUCUGUAGUGUUCUUGUCUUACUGUUGGUGCUCUGUAGUGUUCUUGUCUUACUGUUGGUGUUCUGUAGUGUUCUUGUCUUGCUGUUGGUGCUCUGUAGUGUUCUUGUCUUACUGUUGGUGCUCUGUAGUGUUCUUGUCUUACUGUUGGUGUUCUGUAGUGUUCUUGUCUUGCUGUUGGUGCUCUGUAGUGUUCUUGUCUUACUGUUGGUGUUCUUGUCUUGCUGUUGGUGCUCCGUAGUGUUCUUGUCUUACUGUUGGUGCUCUGUAGUGUUCUUGUCUUCCUGUUGGUGUUCUUGUCUUGCUGUUGGUGCUCUGUAGUGUUAUUGUCUUCCUGUUGGUGUUCUUGUCUUGCUGUUGGUGCUCUGUAGUGUUCUUGUCUUACUGUUGGUGCUCUGUAGUGUUCUUGUCUUACUGUUGGUGCUCUGUAGUGCUCUUGUCUUGCUGUUGGUGCUCUGUAGUGCUCUUGUCUUGCUGUUGGUGCUCUGUAGUGUUUGUUUCUUGCUGUUGGUGCUCUGUAGUGUUCUUGUCUUACUGUUGGUGCUCUGUAGUGUUCUUGUCUUGCUGUUGGUGCUCUGUAGUGUUCUUGUCUUACUGUUGGUGCUCUGUAGUGUUCUUGUCUUACUGUUGGUGCUCUGUAGUGUUCUUGUCUUGCUGUUGGUGCUCUGUAGUGUUCUUGUCUUGCUGUUGGUGCUCUGUAGUGUUCUUGUCUUACUGUUGGUGCUCUGUAGUGUUCUUGUCUUCCUGUUGGUCUUCUUGUCUUGCUGUUGGUGCUCUGUCGUGUUCUUGUCUUGCUGUUGGUGCUCUGUCGUGUUCUUGUCUUGCUGUUGGUGCUCUGUAGUGUUCUUGUCUUGCUGUUGGUGCUCUGUAGUGUUCUUGUCUUGCUGUUGGUGCUCUGUAGUGUUAUUGUCUCGCUGUUGGUGCUCUGUAGUGUUCUUGUCUUCCUGUUGGUCUUCUUGUCUUGCUGUUGGUGCUCUGUCGUGUUCUUGUCUUGCUGUUGGUGCUCUGUCGUGUUCUUGUCUUGCUGUUGGUGCUCUGUAGUGUUAUUGUCUCACUGUUGGUGCUCUGUAGUGUUCUUGUCUUGCUGUUGUAGUGUACUAAACUCAGAAGUGUACUAGCCUGUGAUGAGAUCGUUGAGAAACAGUGUAUCAGGACCAUGGCUUGAUGGCCUCUGAGGGUGUGCCUAUCCAAUUAUUCUCUGUGCUGUCUGACCUGGUGGAGACGUUCUACAGUCCCAACAUGGGUCUGGCUACACACCUGCAGUUCCCUGUUCAGAAGGAGGAGGAGCCAGAGGAAGAAGCAGUUACGACAGUUGUUGGAUCAACAGAGCCAGUGAAAUGCCCUCCUCAGCUGCCCCCUAGGAACAGUAAAGAAACCCAAGGAGGGGAUUCCCGAGGCUCAGAGCUGGCUUGUAGUUCCCUGGGAGACACAUACCUACAGAGACUACAACACAUCGAUAUGUCUAAGCUGCCAGAAGAGCACCAAAAAUCCAUUGAGGAAUACUUCCACACCUCGGUCUCUCUCGAUGCUGAGCAAGUCCAGAAUGGGAAUACAUCCCUCCCCCAUCUAAAGAAGCUCACCAUGGGAAUCUGUAAACAACUGAACAGCGAGAUCUCCCGUUCUCUGCCCACUCUGGAGACCUUUCAGAGGCUUCUGGACCAGCAGCUCUCCCCAGGGAUCGGACGUCUGAGGACUCAGGUGUCAGCAGAUUCCGACCAGUCUGUGUCCUUCAGGCUGGAACAACUGACCAAGCUGCUCUACUCCAUAGAAGAGAAGGCCAAAACAGCCGUGUUUGAGUGGGCUGGAUACGACGGAGGCCACAGACGGUCUCUAAUACCACCUAUUACAUUUGAAGUCAAAUCAGAGUUGCUUGGUCUCACAACCAAGAUGUUCCUCAAGGUGGAUGUGGAAACUGGGAAGAUCUACUUCAAGAAAUCUAAAGACGGGCCAGAAGACAAAUACUUUGUUCACAAUAAAAUCUUACAGCUCGUGAAAUCCCAGAAGGUUGCCAAGCUGGUGAUCAUGGUGGAAACAGAGAAGGAGAAAACUCUGAGGAAAGAGUUUGUCUUCGACGACACAAAGAAAAGAGAGGGGUUCUGUCAACUCCUUCAGCAGAUGAAGAACAAACACUCAGACAAGCCUGAGCCAGAUAUGAUCACUGUAUUCGUUGGCACCUGGAAUAUGGGGAACGCCAGCCCCCCACACAACAUUGCUUCAUGGUUCCAGUGUAAGGGUCAGGGCAAGACCAGGGACGACACGGCCGAUCACAUUCCUCAUGACAUCUAUGUGUUCGGGACUCAGGAAGAUCCCCUGGGGGAGAAGGAGUGGAUAGACACACUGAAGAGUGCCUUGAGAGGAACCACCAACAUCAGCUUCAAACAAAUAGCCACCCAGACCCUAUGGAACAUCCGGAUCGUUGUGCUAGCCAAGCCUGAGCACGAGAACAGAAUCUCACACAUCUUCUCAGACAGCGUCAAGACAGGGAUCGCCAACGCUUUGGGAAAUAAGGGUGCAGUGGGCGUGUCCUUCAUGUUCAACGGUACUUCCUUUGGCUUCGUCAACAGUCACCUGACCUCAGGCAGUGAGAAGAAGAUCAGACGCAACCAGAAUUACGUCAGCAUCCUACGUUUUCUUAAUCUUGGAGAUAAGAAACUGAAUCCUUUUGACAUCACACAUCGAUUCACUCAUCUGUUCUGGUUUGGGGAUCUGAAUUAUCGAAUCGAACUGCCAUCCACAGAAGCCGAGAGCAUUGUGACCAAGAUCAAACAGCAGCAGUACCAGGAACUGCUGUGUAGAGACCAGCUCACCAUUGAGAAAGGAGAAGAGAAGGUGUUCCUACACUAUGAUGAGGAGGAGAUCACAUUCGCGCCCACGUAUCGUUUCGAGAGAGACACACGAGAGAGAUAUGCCUACACCAAAGCCAAAGCCACGGGGACUAAAUACAAUCUACCAUCAUGGUGUGAUCGCGUUCUACGGAAGUCCUACCCCUUGGUGCAUGUGUUCUGUCAGUCAUACGGGUGUACCAAUGACAUCAUGACCAGUGACCACUCUCCAGUUUUCUCCACAUUUGAAGUUGGAGUGGCAUCGCAGUUCGUCUCCAAGCACGAUCCCAGCAGGGUGUCUCAGGGUGGGAUCAAGUUCAUGAACUGCGUUGCCACCCUCAUGACAAAGUCCAAGACCAAGUUCUUCCUCGAAUACCACUCCAGCUGCUUAGAGAAAUUCGUCAAGAGCUCGGAAGGAGAGAACCAAGAUCACUCAGAUGGGUCCAUCAAAGUUCGGUUUGGAAACCAAGUUGAGCUCGUCCCUAUCAUCUCAGACCCGGAGUAUCUGUUGGAUCAACACAUUCUCCUGUGUGUCAAGUCCACAGACUGUGAUGAAUCCUAUGGAGAGGGCUGUGUGGCUCUGCGAGCGGCGGAGUCCUCCUACACAGAGUUCCACAUCACAUUGACUCAUCACGGCGAGCGGACGGGUACCCUGGCGGGAGGUGUACAGUUACGAACCUCAGAAGGCAAACAGACUGAGAAGUUAUACGAUUUCAUCAAAGUGGAAAGGGAUGAUUCUGGUGCCUCUAAAGGAAAAGGACUUGAUCUUAUCAACAAGUUUGCUCUUCCCAGUGAUAUCACCAACCCCAGUUACAUGGGGGUGGGCUUCAAGUCUGGAGGUGUGACAGACAGGGGCUGGAGCUACAGCAUGUCCCCGAAAUCAGGCCCCGGAGGUGGGGGUGGUGGUGUCGGUGGGUUCGGGGGUAGGGACCAGACCCAUGGAAACACCUCUCCCAAAAAGACGGUCAACGACCGCAGCGCUGUGCGAAGCCCUACAGGAGAAGCAUCCGAUAACGUUAGUGAGGGGGGGAAGCCAGCGGAGAUGUUUGACAACCCUCUGUACGGCUCCAUGGUGAAGGGAGGAGUUCCACGAGGAGCUAAAGACCAACCAGACCCUCAACGCUCCAAGGAUCAGCUGACCCCUCCAGACCCCAUCUUCUCCUUCACCAAACCCUCUGACCAGGACCCUGACCGGCCCCCGGUCCCCACCCCGCGUAACCGCUCUUACACCUGUUCUGAGACCAAGCCCCCAUCUUCCAUCACCACUGCCUCAGCCUCGGCCCCGCUCCACCCCCAGACCUACACCAAGAAUCCUGUGAAGCCCUCACGCUCCGAGGGGGGCAUGGUACAAACCACCAAUAGACCACAUCUGCCCAUGAAGUCCCGCCCAGGCCAGGCGGACAUCACGCCCACUAAGCCUAAAGACUACAGAGACAGCUCGGAGCUGCUCAGCAAACUGCGUCCACCUACAAGGCCCCUCCAGCCCCUCCCCAAAGAAGCUCAUCAUGAGGCAACUCAACCACCGAAGAUGGGCCGUUCAGUGAAAUGACUGUGCUUUUUUUGGGCUGAAAUCCCUCCUCCUCUUGUCCUAUAUGUUAAAAUGACAUGUUGAAUGGUGGCUAGUGUCAGUCACUGCAAUACUCGUCUUCCUGCCUCUCCAAACAAGUUUCUGUACGAACUCAUCUUUGCAUUAGGCUGCAUUCAUGGCACCGCUCUGGGGAUUUGUGGAGGCCUCUGAAAUAAGUAUCAUCGUUCUUUUUUUUUGUUGCUCAAAUGCUGACAACUAGAAAAGCUCUUUAGAUUAUAGGAAUCAUUUUUAAAGACUUGUACAACAAUCUCAAUUAAACUAAAAGGAAUCAUUCUCA